AUUUCAUAUCUCUGAGUUUCAUCAGUCUCAAGAAAUAUGUAAGACGAUAUUGCCACUGCUUUCUUUAUGAAAAUCUCCUCUACAGCCUUUGUCAAUUUUUCCUAUGACUGCUCUGCCACAGUAUUAAGACUAGAUUUCAGUUUCUCCUUGCUGCGUGGAAGGGUUGUGCAAUUAGUCGUCAAGGGAUCUUUAAAGAGAUCAGCCUCCGGAAAGAGAAAGAUGGGACGCCUCUCCGCGAUCUUGCUUGUCCUGUUUCUGACCAGCACACAGCUCGCCAACGCCCUGCUGUGCUACGAGUGUUUCGGCUUCGACGAGUCAAAGCCUUUCCACGUGAUCACCAACAACCCCAGCUGCGUGACGGGGGCCUUCGACGCCUCGCAGGUCAACCUCGUGCAGAGUUCCGUGAAUGCCACCCACCCCUACUGCGCCGCCUUCAGCGCCAUGGCGAACGGCGUGGUGCUGACGGCCCGAAGCAGCUUCGAGGGUCUACGCGAAGUUAAGGAAGUCUCCACGGGAUAUUUAAACGGAUAUAUUUGCAACGAUGCCGACAACUGCAACGGCAGAGACACCAGCGCUGCGAGAAGCCGGUCAAUCAUGCUGGCGCUCUUGGUGCUCCCCGCCGCCGUCGUGAGGAUGUUGUCUUAGUGGA